CGUCAGGCGGCUAGUGUAUGGUAUGUGCGCGCACUGAGGCUGUUCUGUGGAGAGUAGCGAUGUCGGAGGAGGUUGGGAAGAAAGUGCAGGCGGUGGUGGACCGGGUGAAUCAAGCGGUUUCCCGGCGCCCGAAGACGUUACCAUGUAUAGCCCCUCGUCUGGUUGCGGUUAGUAAGACUAAACCACCAGAGAUGGUGGUGGAGGCUUACAAACAUGGACAACGAAAUUUUGGAGAGAAUUAUGUAAAUGAACUUGUUGAGAAAGCUUCCCAUCCCCUGGUUGUCUCAUCAUGUCCUGAAAUAAAAUGGCAUUUCAUCGGUCAUCUGCAAAAGAAUAAUGUCAACAAACUCUUGGGUGUCUCAAACCUGUAUAUGGUAGAGACAAUUGACUCUGUGAAACUGGCUGAAAAAAUCAACAGUUCGUGGCAAAAAAUGAGAGCUGCAAACACACAGCGGUUAAAGAUUAUGGUUCAGAUCAACACCAGCGGAGAGGAAAGAUGUGAAUGUCACAGUGGGCACAUGUCUAACAAAAACAGUAAACAUGGCCUGCCUCCCGAUGAGACUGUAAACAUGGUAAAACACAUUGUGUCUCAGUGUCCUGCUCUUGACUUCGCCGGGCUCAUGACGAUUGGCCGUUACGGUUACGACCUCAGCGAAGGCCCCAACCCCGAUUUCCAGAUGCUUUUGAAACGUCGUGAGGAAGUCUGUGAAAGUCUGAAGAUCCCAGUAGAGCAGGUUGAGCUCAGUAUGGGCAUGUCUACUGACUUUGAACAUGCGAUCGAGGUUGGCUCUACAAACGUACGUGUCGGCAGCACUAUUUUCGGCACCCGAGAAUACCCCAACACCCCGAGCCCCAGUCCGGAGAGAAAGCCAAAGGUCGUCUGUGAGGAAGCAGCCAGAAAAAUGGACCGGCUCACGGUCACAGAGCAAUGAAUGAUGGGGAAAAAGGUUACUGAACUAAAUGUGGGACCUCUUGGGCUUCUUCCCAAUGACUGGGCUCAUCAUUCACCAGACAAGGGCCUUUAAUAUGUCUUAACUAAUGCUGAUGACUUGGUCUUCUGUGGCAUAAGAAAUAGAAAGAAGUGUGAUUUAAUGACUGGAAUACUAAAUUUACUUCCUGAAGGUGUUUUUAUUGUCAAAAGCUCUUCAGAAGUGUCCUCCAGCCCUCUGUAAAUUACUUAAAGGGAUAGUUCACCCAAAAAUUUGAUGUUUAUCUGCUUACCCCCAGGG